AUGGCCGCAAUUAUCACUGCGCCAAACACGCCCUUGUUAAUCUAUGGUUCCGUCAUUCAGUCAGCUAGUGUGGACGAUCUUGAUUACGUCGAACAAGGCUUUCUAGUCAUCCAAUCUGGCAAGAUCCUUCACUAUCAGAAGAACGUCAAGAAGGAUGAUAUCCCUAGCAUACUUGAGAGUCUUGACCUCAAGGCCCUUCUCCCCAGUGUUCGUCAUCUGAAAAGAGGUCAAUUUGUCAUUCCUGGCUUCGUCGAUACUCAUAAUCACGCACCUCAAUGGGCUCAGCGUGGCUUAGGGCGUGGAAUGGAGAUUCUGGAUUGGUUGGAUCAAGUAACCUUUCCAAACGAGGCGAAGUUCGAGGAUUCAGAACAUGCUCGACGUGUUUACAGUUCGUGCGUCGACGGUUUCAUUAAGCAAGGCAUCACCACUGUAUCAUACUAUGGGUCUUUGCAUGGUGAAGCGACAAAGAUAUUAGCAAAUAUUUGUUUCGAAAAAGGACAGCGAGCUUUCGUAGGGAAAUGCAAUAUGAACCGCAAUUCCCCUCCUUAUUACACAGAUACAUCCGCAGAAUCCUCUCUUGAAGUUACGAAGGACUUUAUUUCUUACGUUCGACACAUCGACCCCAAUUUUGAUUUGGUCAGCCCUGUCCUUACUCCUCGAUUUGCAAUUUCUUGUACCGAUGAGCUUCUUGCGGGCAUUGGACAGAUAGCGCAAGCCGAUCCUACAUUACCCAUCCAAACUCAUUUUUGCGAGGCAGAGUCCGAAAAAUCUACUACGUUAUCUCUUUUCCCAUCGUUUACAAACGAAGCGGAUCUAUAUGAAAGUUUCAACCUCCUCUCUAAGCGUUCCAUUCUCGCACACUGUACCAUAAUGACAGACUACGAGAUAGAGCGUAUUGCUGCACUUGAUUGUGGGGUAGCACAUUGUCCAAUCUCUAAUACCACGGUUGGUGGUGGAUUCAUGGCAGCACCAAUUCGCGAAUACCUUCGUCGUGGUAUCAAGGUUGGUCUAGGAACUGACAGUGGCGGUGGAUUCUCUUCCUCAAUCUUGGAUGCUAUGCGACAAGCUUUCAUCGUAUCUAAUGCGAAAGAUUUCCUCACUAAAGGUGCUGAUCCAAGGUUGUCACUGGCUGAAUGUUUCUAUCUUGCUACGCUUGGUGGUGCUCGAGUUUGUUGUCUGGAUCAUGAGAUUGGCGACUUUUCCAAUGGAAAACAGUUUGAUGCUUUGAUUAUCGACACGAAAAGAGAUGGAGCAAUGACUAUUGUUGAUGACAAAGAUACACUUCCAGUUCUUUUUGAGAAAUUUUUGAUGAGUGGAGACGAUCGAAAUAUUGUCGAGCCGCCCGACAUGUGUACCCCACGUGUCGCAGGCACCAAUGCUACAAUGACUUUGCACUUUUGUUCUCUUCACACUCUUCAGUCUCCACGUUUUCUUGAGACCCUCCAGCCCUCCAAAGCACCCAUAACUGCCUCCAAACUUCCGCCGCUCAGGAUCUUAUGCCUGGGUGACUCUCUCACAGAAGGCUAUUCGCAAUUCGGUACUAAAUUCUCCCCGUAUAGCAAAUGGAUGAAAGAAGUUUUGGUGGCAAAAUGGCCUGAUAGAGCAAUUGAGGUUAUCACAGAUGGAGUAAGCGGAGAUCUAGUUACUCCGCCUGGAGGAUUCAAGAGAAGAAUGGAGAGGCAUUCUUACAAUAGACCCGUCCAAACUCUCUACGCCGUUUUUGAGACACUCAUAUUUACACCCCUUAGCAACUCUUCGAAGGUUUUGAUUAUGACGGUUCCUGAAUGUCAUGUGAGAGCUAAGGUUUUAGACGAGAAGAGAGAGGAGUUAAAUGAUAUGUUGGUUUAUACUUUGGGGAGAAAGGAUAACGUUAGUACAUUUGAUCUCCGCGGCGCAAUGCCCUACCACAACAUGGAAUUGGAAAAACGAGAACGUCUCUGGGACGAUGGGUUGCAUUUCACAGAGGAAGGAUAUAAGGAGAUAGGAAUCAUGGUGGGAGAGAAAAUGAUCCAGGUUAUUGAGGAGAUGAUACCUGAGAAGGAGAUUUCACUGUCCGGAAAGGGGACUAUGGGAAUUGAGUAA